AUGACGGGUCAAACUGCUGCGCUGUACGACAUUGGAUGCUUGGUCGGCGCGGUCUUCGCGCUUUUCAUAGCUUCCCGAAUCGGUCACAGAAAGGCUUUGCUUCUCGGGUCCAGUAUCAUCAUUGUCGGAGCUAUCAUCCAGACGGCGUCAAUAAAACCUCGGCAUGCUGAUCGCUGGACGGAUCAUCAGCGGGAUUGGCAACGUCUAUCUCAUUCCCGUACGGACUUGCCUGUGCAUCAGGGUGGCAUGGCAAUAACCGCAAUCGCCACUCCCAUGACCUCGUUCACGGCUGGUGCUGUAGCCAUCUUUGGCAUCUUCUUUUUCUAUUUCAACUAUGGCGUGGGAUUUCAAUCUUCCCCAUGGAUACAUGGGAUCAAGGUUACUCCUUUGAAGCUUCGCCACUUUGCUGGAGGCAUUGCGUCGGCUUCCGCAUGGAUCUGGAAUUAUGCCGUUGUGCAAAUUACUCAACCAGGAAUUGAAAGCAUUGGAUAUAAGUAUUUCAUUGUCUGGGCAGUGUUGAACUUCACCUGGAUAUGGGUGAUUUAUUUCUUCUUUCCUGAAACAGCCAAGAAAACUCUUGAAGAGCUCGACUUCAUUUUCAUGAAGCCAGAAGACCGUCCUCCGAUUGCAGUUCAAGAACUUGGAAGAUCAGACAGCGUAUGUUCGGAAAAAGGCGUGAAAGACAAGGGAGAGGAGAUUGCGACCAAAAAUAUUGCACGAGAUGAUACGACACAUAUUGUGGAGGUUUAA